AAAGUAAAGAACGAAAGAAAGAAAGAAAGAAAGAAAGCAGACUUGGAAUCAGGGGUCGCAGUUGGAUCUGGCAACCCAGGCCGGUUCAGCUGGCUGCGCUCAGCCCCAGUCCGGAUCUCACUCCACCUGGAUGCGGUGACUUCUCUGUCCUCUGCUUUAACUUCACUUUUUUUUUUCCUUUUCUUCUCAUCGCUUCGAAAACAAGGCGCAAAAAAUGGCCGGAGCGAUCAUCGAGAACAUGAGCACCAAAAAGUUGGUGAUUGUUGGAGUUGUUCUGCUUCUCUUCCAGGCUUUUGCCUUCAUGGUCGGAGGGCUGAUCGCCCCUAGUCCCACCACCGCCGUCCACUACCUGGCCACUAAGUGCGUGGACAAGGGUCACGAUCAAGGCCGGAAGUGGUUCAUGCCCUGGGGCCUGAACCAGUGCGACAAGAUUCGAGACUUUGACGAAGCCAUGGCCAAGAGGAUCAAGGCCAACAACAUCGUCUUCUCCGUCCACAUCCCUCUGCCCGAUAAAGAGAUGAGUCCCUGGUUCCAGUUCAUGCUCGUCAUCCUGCAGUUCGACAUCGCUUUCAAAAUGUACAACCAGAUCGAGGACGGAGCCUUGGCCACUAUAGAUGUCAGCCUGGCCUACAGAGACGACAUGGUGAGCGAGUGGACAGAGAUGGCCCAAUCUCUGGAGGAACGCAAACUAAGCUGUAACUUCACUACAGCUAAGAUCAUAGAGAACGAGGGUCGCUACUACGAAUGUGACCUCUUGCCUUUCAUGGAGGUCGGCACUGUGUCCCAUAAAUACUACCUGGUGAACAUCAGGUUACCGGUGAACGAACGUAAGAAGGUGAACGUGGGAAUAGGCGAGAUUAAAGACAUCCGCCUGGUGGGAAUCCAUCAAAAUGGUGGUUUCACUAAGGUCUGGUUUGCCAUGAAGACCUUCCUCACUCCCAGCAUCCUCAUCAUCAUGAUCUGGUACUGGCGGAGGAUCACCUUGAUGACCAGACCGCCCGUCCUGCUGGAGAAGUUGAUCUUUGCACUGGGGAUCUCUAUGACCUUCAUCAACAUACCAGUGGAGUGGUUCUCCAUCGGAUUCGACUGGACAUGGAUGCUGCUGUUCGGAGACAUUCGUCAAGGGAUCUUCUACGCCAUGCUGCUCUCCUUCUGGAUUAUCUUCUGUGGAGAACAUCUCAUGGACCAAACGGAGAGGAAUCGCUUCUCCAUGUACUGGAAGCAGGUGGGACCCAUCGUCUUUGGCUCCUUCUGCCUCUUCAUCUUCGAUAUGUGUGAGAGAGGAGUGCAACUGACCAACCCAUUCUACAGCAUCUGGGCUUCAGAUGUUGGCACCGAACUGGCCAUGGCAUUCAUCAUCGUGGCUGGAAUAUGCGCCUGCCUCUACUUCCUCUUCCUGUGCUUCAUGGUGUUCCAGGUGUUCAGAAACAUCAGCGGGAAAAGAUCGUCUCUGCCGGCGAUGACCAAAGCUCGCCGUCUGCAUUACGAGUUCCUGAUGUUGGUCACUCUGGCGUGUGCGGCCAUGACCGUCAUCUUCUUCAUCAUCAGUCAGGUGAAUGAGGGACACUGGCACUGGGGAGAUUACACGGUUCAGAUAAACAGCGCGUUCUUCACCGGGAUUUACGGCAUGUGGAACCUGUACGUGUUCGCCCUCAUGUUCCUGUAUGCGCCGUCUCACAAACGCUACGGAGAAGAACGGUCCAGCGGAGAUCAGGGAGGGAACAGUGGAGAGGACAUCCAGCUCACCACCACCAUCACCCAUGCCGACGGACCCACCGAGGUGUACAGAAUGACGGGAAAGGAGUCGCAGGAAUAGGUGCUUAUAUCUCACUUCCUACUUCCUCCAUCUUCUGACAUUUUUAUAGCUACCAUUCUUUUAUACACUGCUCCUGAUGUGCGCUUUUCAGGCACCUGAUCCAACCUUCUCCUUAUCCAAGUGCCCUUGAUCCAAUGCUGAGGUUCAUUUUGUGUUUUUUUUUUUUUUUAAUCUUCUCCUGUAUAGAUUUUCUCUUUCAGCUCCGAUCAUCAUAACUAAGCCACUUGUAUAACAAGUUAAAAAAAAAAAAAGCUCUUUGCGAUGCUGCCUCUUUAGGCCACCUUCCUCCAAAUUGGGACAUUUUUCCUGCAUAGUUCCUUAAUGUGUUAUAAAUAACAAUUAUUGGAAAUUAGUAGAAUCUUUCUAAUUAGAAAUUUCAUAACCUAUGACUAUUGUAUGUACAAAACAUCUUUUUAACUGGUCGGAAGGGUAAAAUGUCCACGAGGAAGUCAGGAAGAUGAGCAGGAGUAAAAAAAAAACAAAAGUUUUGGAUUGUAACCUCAUAGAGGAACUGCUCCUUCAGUGGAGGCAUUAGUGAGGUGGAUUUUUGUGCCAUCUUGUGGACAGAAGCGGAAGUUCCAAAGUGUAUUACUGUCAUCUCAUUGACCAAAUCGUUAGGAAGAAAAUUUUUGGGCAUUACCAAGCAGGUUAUUUAUUUUAUCUGCAGUUCAGAUUCUUUCAGCUAGCAAUGUGUGGAUGAUGAUCAUGGCAUACAGUGUCAAAAUCCUGCAUUACAAAACUUUUCCUCGACUGCUUUUUAUUUCCUUUGUAUGAUGAUGAUUACAGGAUUGCCUCCUUUGAGAAAGACAGAGGAGUCAUCUUGAAACUUCUGAAAAAUAAGGAACUAUUCUUCAUAAAUGCAUCCGACAGUGUAUCACUGAAUUGGUCACAGGAUAUUACCUAAUGUAUGUUUUUUUUUUCCCCCCUCAUUUAAUGUUAAAGUUUAAAACUAUACGUCGGCCUGUUUUUAAACUUGUGACCUAGUAUACGCCCUUCCUCUCCUCCCCACACACACACACACACACACACGUUUAUAACACUGCAGCGUUCAGCAUUUUCCCUCCAUCAUGUUUUACAACACAUUAAGUUCAUAUCUAGUAUGUUACGAUGUAGAUCUAUUUUUUAAAAAGUACUUAUUUUCAACUGUUAGCUGUAUCACUGUCUGUUGUAUAAUAAAAGGACUUUUUUUUUUUCACAA